AAUAAAGAGUAAGAAUUUAAUAUUAUUGUUUAUUAUUAUGUACUGAUUAUUGGUAAGAAAACUAAUGUUUUUUAAAUAUUUUAGAUUUGAUCAAAUUUCGGUGACACUAUGGGGUGAUUUAGCGGAGAUUGAAGGAUCGUCUUUGGAGAAUUUGAAAGAUGCGAAACCCGUUGUUGCAUUGCUAAGCGUAAUUGGUAGACGUUAUUUAGGCGAGUUUCAAUUAUCUACAAAAUCAUCAACUCUGGUGCUCGUGAAUCCUGAAAUUCCACAAUGUAGAGAAAUGAUAGACUGGCUUAGAAAUUCAAACAGUGAAAGCAGUAAAAGUGUAUUGUUGACACCAACAAAAAGGAUUACUCAAGCAAAUAGGGUCAAGCUGACUGAUGUUAUCAAUACUUCGCCUCAAUUGUCUAAGGGGGAUAUCAAUGAGAACAACUAAGGUAUUAGUGAAAGUUGACCAAACAAGAAGAACAACAAAAACAUACGCAAAAAAUAUUGUGUAUCCAGAAGUAUUAUUGCCUCAAAGCGAAGAUGUGUAUUAAAGUUGUUAACUAUUUACAAUGCAACGGAC